ACAAAAGUAUUUACAUUUCUAAAACCUGUAACAUUUUUCAUAGACAUAGAGUCGGUUACGUUAAUCAUAAAACCGCGCAAACCAGUAACCCAAUAUGAACCAAUUCGAAUUUAAUUCGACCGCUCAAUUCACUGUAAACCGAUCGGCUCCAUCAUUAUGCAACUCGAUCUUUCAUUUUUGUUAGUUCCUUGUAGGCGUAGACGCGAGUGAAUCUCCUCCAUCUUCGUCUUCUUUUCAAGCUUUUCGUCCUUCUGGUUUCUUCAGAAAUGGAAAGUUUUCAAAACCCAGAUUGGGAAACCGAGUUCAAUCGCUUCGAACAAGCGAUCUCAUCCUCUCCCGCUCCAAUUCGCGUAAGAUCCGUUAUAAAGCUAUCAGCUUUAGCUAAUCAAUCACCGGAGAGUAUCCUAACCCGCGCAAUCCCGAUCCUCGCCGGUCUUCUCCGCGUCUCCGACGACCUCGAUCGCUCCGUCCAAGCCGCCGCCGCGCAUUGCUUGAAACGAAUCGCCUGUCUCGGCGGCGAGUUCGCGGCGACGAUGGGGAGGUGCGGCGUGAUCGCUAGCUUGUUAGGGCUCUUACUCGAGGCGUCCAAUGAUAACGGUAUCGUGCUCCGAAGGAUCUGGGUGAAGUGUUUGUGGAGUUUAGUUACGUUUGGAUCUUCGAUUCGAAUCGGGUUAGCUAGGUUAGGAGGUGUAGAGAUCGUGACACGUGAGUUGAACACGUGGGAAGAUGAUUCGAGUAGAUGGUGCCUGUUAGAGAUCCUUACUGCUCUGACGACGAUACGAGAGAGCAGACGCGUUCUUGUUCAUAACGGAGGGUUGAAGUUUCUUAUCGAGGCUGCUAAAGUUGGCAACUUUGCGUCGAGAGAGAGAGCUUGUCACGCUAUUGGAUUGAUCGGUGUUACUAGACGGUGUAGGAGGUUGCUUGUUGAAGCAGGAGUGGUUCCAGCUCUUGUGGAUCUGUUUCGAGAUGGAGAUGAGAAGGGAAAGCUUUUAGCUGGUAAUGCCUUGGGGAUCAUAGCGGCUCAGACCGAGUACAUUAGGCCUGUUACUGAAGCUGGUUCCAUUCCUUUGUAUGUGGAGCUUCUCUCGGGAGGAGAUCCGAUGGGGAAAGAUAUUGCAGAGGAUGUGUUCUGUAUACUAGCUGUAGCUGAGGGUAAUGCUGUUUUGAUAGCGGAGCAGCUUGUGAGGAUCUUGAGGGAAGGAGAUAACGAAUCCAAGUUUGCUGCUUCUGAUGUGUUGUGGGAUCUCGCGGGUUAUAGGCAUUCUGUGUCUGUUAUUAGAGACUCUGGUGCGAUUCCUUUGCUGGUGGGGCUUGUGAGAGAUGGGUCUCUUGAGUUUAGGGAGAGGAUCUCUGGAGCUAUUUCUCAGCUGUGUUACAACGAGAACGACCGUGAGGUCUUUUCUGAGUCUGGUAUGAUACCGAUUCUGAUUGAGUGGUUGGGGGAUGAGUCGGAAGAGCUCAGGGAUAAUGCGGCCGAGGCGCUGAUUAAUUUCUCAGAAGACCGAGAGCAUUAUGGUAGAGUGCGUGAGGCAUUAAGCCAUCCCGUGAUUCGGAGUAUGCAGAGCAGACUUGCUAGAAUCAGAGCCUCUCAUGAACAUUUGGUUAGGUCAAUGCGAAGGGUUACAAUCGAACAUCUUGCCCGAGAUCCAUAUCUUCCCUAACGAACAGAUCCAGGUUUCAACCUGUUUUGAUGUAUAAUGUUGUUUAGUUUUUGUGACUUUUGGUUCCUUCAGAUGUUUGUAUAUACACACACAUGUACCAAAAGAUAUUGACUUUGAAUGAAGCUCAUGGGUUUCUACAUCAUUGAUCUUCCUUUACAUGAUAAUGCAUCCAGUGGUUGGACCAUAAGAAUCAUAGACUACUUCAUAUAUAUCAGAGUGUGGCUGUUCAUAGCAAUUGGUGGAGCACUGAGCUAGGCAACAAUGAGGUGGAACAGUUUGAUCUGUACCGUUAUCAUCAGCCUCGAUGUUCUUGGAAUUGUCUGUAUCAUCCUCUUCUUGUGGAUUCUCCACCUGCUCAUCAUCAGGAGGGAGAAUACCCGGGCUUACUUCUUCAAGAGUCUCUAACAUGGCAUAGCAAGCUUUCUUCCUCAAGGUAUCAACCAAACAAGCAGCAUCAAUUCCAUCACCAACCACUACAAGAUCGUCCCCGGAUUCCCCUUCUAUGGCUACAGAGAUUACACCUGCAAGCAAGAAACAGGUUAAGAGCUAUGAACAAAACGAAGGAUUAUGCAAUAAGGCUGUUGGCAAGAGUCAGACCUUCAUUUUCCCCUGACGAGGAAGCUCUGUUUUGGCCAAAGUGGAGGACCGAAGAAAACUAUCACCGGACUUGCCAAAUGUACUUGCUUCAAAAACCUUGUUUUGUGCUGAGCACGAAGGGCUAAUGGAUCAAAGUGAGACUACUUCAAAUAAGAGAAAGUCAAGAUAAUGUUUUUCUUUUGUAAUCAAAAGCAUCCCCUAUAUAUUAUUUGUGAAACAUUACAACUUCUUUUUGUAGCCACGUGUCAUCACUAGGAUGAUUCUUAGAAUUAUUGGUCCAUCUAAUUAUAUAAUAAGUUUUUUAUUAAACUAA